GAGAGAGAGAGAGAGAGAGAGAGAGAGAGAGAGAGAUUUGCAUGACUAUCGCAAUUUAAGACAAUUCACCGUGUUGAAUAUUUUUUGUGUUUUAGUAAUGGUGACGUCACCUUUACUGAUGUACCCGGACUUUUAUUUUGAAGGCGCGCGAGCGCUCUCCUGUCGGAAUGAGACCAGUUUCAGCCGGAUUGCAGGAUCGCGAUAAACUGACUCUUCUUAUCAUCUUAUAUUUAUUUAGUGACAUAAACGUCGGAGUUAAACAAACAAUAAGACCGAGUAAUAUUUAUAACAAAAAUAUGGACAGAAUAAAACACCGGAUUAAGGCGGAUAUUCACAGAAAUUUACAGUUUAAAAGAAGUUGAAGAUGUUUAUUGGGGACUUUGAGGACAGGCUUUCAGCAUCAGCACCAUUCACCGCUGUCUCAUCGUCCACAUCCGACUCAGCUCCGUCUCAGGAUCUUCUUUAGCCUGGCCUUCACCACCUCUGACUCUAACAGCAAUCACAUUAAGCAUGGGUGGAAACGAAGGAGGAGGACGUGGCUCUGAUCGAUGGAACCUCUUCGGGGUCCGUCCCACUGUGCAGAAAUCCCCCACUGACCCCGGCUCCGAUUCCAACACCUCGGGUGAGAAACGGCCAGCUGAUGAACCUCUUACAUUUAUUUUAUUCGUUCUUGCAGGAAAACUCCUAGGAUUCAGUCUGCAGUCGUACUUUGGGCUUCACAAGUCCACCACCCUGGACGGCAUCAAGACCCAGGUGAACCUUGCCGUCGAAGACCCGGCCAACUUCAAGGCUCCCAAGCUGGAGGUGACCGUAGCGGAGGAGAAGAAGGCAUCUGCGCAUAAACUCAAACAUCGUGACAUGAACAUUCUCACUCCGUCGGGCUUCUGACAUCUGCACAUUCCCCUCACCCCCUCUUCUCUUCACUCAGGUCACCCGCACACUCCAGAAACCCUGCACACACCCGAUUACAGGCUGUUGGAUGUUUCUGAAACUGUAGCUUUCCGCCGUGGCAAAUUUCAGUUGGACAUGUUGCCGAUAUUUAUCCCGGGUUCAAGCUGCAGUUUCAGUUUACUGUGAACAUUAUUGUGUUAUAACGGAUGAGGUAGCCUACAGCAUUGCUAUAGAAACACAUCUGUAUUAUUAUUUUUUACUUAUUAUUUGAAUGUAUCAUUUGAUUAUGCUUCAGACAGACCGCAUUAAACAGGGUACCACAAACCUGCUUUAACAGCACGACUUCCAGCACGUAUGAGGACCGUUCUGUAAAUAGUAUCAAGGUAUUUUUUUUAAUUAUUAUUUAUUUAUUAAAGGCAUCAGGAACAUUUAUUUCUCAGCAUUCAAGUCUGUAGUUAUAUCUAUGCAGUUUCAGGGUCAUUACAGCAUCACGGUUUUACGGUUGCCUUUUUAAAAAUACAUUUCUGUGAGUUUGUUUCCUCAUAAUUCUUUUUGUCAGCAUGGAUCAGCGUCACAUGGGGCAGUGACACCGUUUUUUCUCGCAAUCCGUUCAUCUUUGAUCUUGGAAGUCAUGCAACAUGAGAUUUUCAACACCUCAGAUGGUCAAAAUAAUAUGUCAGGGCACACAGUCAUGGUCACGUGUUUUUAACCGUAAUUCCGGUAAUUCUCUUGAGCACAGAAUAACAGCACAGUUGUACGGCAUUUCUAGCCGUGUAAAAAAAAUAAAAAAUUUCCCAACUUUACGGUCACAUGAAUUAUGAUCAUUUUAUUUGAUUACAUUAUGAUCAAGAGAGACUUGCACAAGAACCAGGGAUGUGGUAGCUCAGUGGUAAAGGUGUUGAACUGCUGAUCGGAAGGUUGUGAUUUCGAUCCCCAGGUCCACCAAGCUGCCACUGCUGGGCCCUAGUGCGAGGCCCUUAACACUCAAUUGUUCACUAGGGAUCUUAUCCUCCAGAAAGAAGAGUGUGUAUGCGCGAAUCGACAUUUAUUUUCAGCUUGCGUACUGUUAAAUGUCUGAUACUUCCAUAGCCGUGAAAUCGUGAUGUUCUUAAGACUCACCUAGUACAGACAGCAUCUUAGUGCUGCACCACAUUUUCAUCACAGCGCUGGACUCCCUGAUACGGCUCUGCGUGCUGGACGCGCUGAUAAAACAGUUAUUUAUCGCUUGUGCUUCAGCUCUUGUUGUCUGUUAGUGCCAUGAGAUUGAGGUGUUUGUGUCUACUGUCCAUGAGCAAUAGCAUUUCACAGGAUGGAGUCAUAUUCCACUACUGUAGUAUAAUAUGCCACAUGUUCUCACCCAUUUGUAUUCUUUUCUAGACAUUUUUAGUGAACGAAAUCCAUUUUAUAGCUGAUACAUAACAUAUUCAUCAUACCAGUCGCUUUUAUAGUGAGGGGUAUUAAGAAUUUUUUUUAAACAUUGUUUCUUGUGAAAUAGCAUUUUUUUUUGCAUUCCAGCACACACACAACAACGUUUUGUUCUGUAUAAAGAUUUAUCUGCCAUGCAGCUGUUCAGUCUGAGUCUGAUGCCUCAAAUAAAAUUUGAAUUCAACAGA